CUUGAUUUAAUAGCCCCAGCAUCUAGCGACAUGCACCCCAGACUUGAAUCUCGAUUAUUACUUUUUGAUUGCAUUAAGUAACUCAUCGACAAACCGUAAUUCAGGCUUCUACGUCUCUACGUAAAGAUGUAGUUAGCAUGUGAUAUGCGUGGGGAGGGUCAGAAAUUUAUGCGCAAGCGUCAACGAGUGCUAAUUGCGUCGUGGUAGGGUAGCUUCUCACCAUGGUGUGGACCUUUACCAAGCACGACGCACUCGCUUUUUGCCUGAUUCUCGUGGCGUCGGUGCUCGUUUCUUCUCGAGCUGACGAAUACGGACAGGGAGGAUGCGGCGGCAAUUCCUUAAAGUGCAACCAAGUCGUAUCGUACACGGCGACAACUACAACGCAGAAAAAGGUGUCUUACACAGAAAAGUACACGGAUCAGUGCGGGGACAUUUGGAAAUGGUUUUCUUGUGAAAAAGAAAGGACAAAGUACAAGUACGAGACUGUAAAUAAAGACGUCACAAGGUACAGGAUUCAAUGCAGAGACUGCAACAUUGACUGCCGAGUCAGCCUGUGGACGGCUUGGAAAUGCACAACCUGUUGCGCUGAUAUCAAAGAAGAAAGAACACGCACCGUGACCGUUGCUAAGAACGGCAACGGUGCGAACUGUCCGAGCCUAAAAGAGACGAGGACGGUCUAUGACGACAACAGAGCUUGCUAUAUUUCGGGUACAUGCUACAAAAAUCUUGCCUUCUCUACCAACGGCUGCAAAAAAUGUAAUAAAGGCAUAAACAGAUACGAUUGGGAACUACUGUCCACUAUCAAUUGCAAUGACAACACUCAGUGUACAAAGAACGACCAGUGCAUUAACGGUGAAUGCAAAGGAACGGCAUAUACGUGCGAGACGUGCCAGUACUGCGACGGUUCCGGUUGUCCGACACGCGUUGGUAUGUGCUACAUCCAACAAACGUGCUACAACCUGAAAGACCCAAAUCCGGCCUCGCCGCAAUGCCAGAUAUGCGAGCCCAAUAAAGGCGAAAACUGGAAGUUCUACUCGUUGACGGGAAAUGCGUGCGAUGACAAGGACAUCUGCACUAGAGGUGAUAGUUGUAGUGCUGAUGGUCUCUGCGUCGGCAGGCCCUACACGUGCUUAACCGACUGCCAAGCUUGCGACGGCAACAAUGGUUGUAAGACGACCAAGGGCUGCGUGACGGCAGGGAAGUGCGGUUGCAGCAUUAACGGACAAUGCUACGUACAUGGCGCGCCUAAUCCAAACAACAUGUGCCAGAAAUGCGACAUCUACAGCAAUGCGGAUGGAUGGACCAACCUGGCCGACGGAGCGAUUUGCGACGACGGCAACGCAUGCACUCGUAAGGACAAAUGUACGACCGGUGCAUGUGGCGGGGAUCCGUUCACGUGUCCUACAGAUCCAACCUGCAUAGAAUCCAAUGUCUGCAACGGAGAUGGUUGCGACAUCGUGUAUAGAAAGGCAACGUAUCUUUGCUAUAAGAACAAGGAUGCCUGCGACUGGCCAGAUCAAUACUGCACGGGCAGCACCGCGACGUGCCCACAGGACAGUCUCAAACCGAUUAACGGCAAGAAUAUAGAUAAGGGGACCGUGUCGGUUCUGAAUUUCGCCAUCCCGACGGCGACCGAGUUGCUCUACACUGCUGCCGAGUCUGGAACGUUUUACCGUAUGAUGACACAAAACAAGGGAAUAAAAGCCAAGUUCAUUGGAUUCACGGUGCCUUGCGACGGCGUCUCCUUCUCGUGGCAGCUCGUGAAAGCUACGGGUACUCAACCGUCCGUUACUGGAGUACUGACGGCAACCUCGGGAAAGAUCGGAACGACAGAGGUAUCUGCUUCUAACCUAAACUUGGACAACGGUGGGGUUUAUAAGAUCUUGCUGACUGCUAAGAAUGUCCGUUCCGACUCCCAACAAGUCGAGUCCCAACUUAUUCUCGUUGAUACGACGCCUCCGACAUUCUCCGGAACCAUUAACGACGGCGAUGCCAAAGUAGACAUACAAUAUCAGGCGGCGACGACGACACUGUCGGCCUAUUGGGAUCCCAACGACUUUGCAGACCCGGAAAGCGGCAGAGACACGAACUCGUUCCAAAUAGGAGCCGGUUUGAAAGCGUAUGAGACGACUGUCGCCGGGUUCACGGCAAGCAAGGCCAAUGAAGGCGUCCUCAACAAUUUAAAGUUGCAACACAACACGCGGUACUACAUAACAGUGUCUAUAGCGAAUCGAGCCGGGCUACGAGGUCAAGCAGCCUCAAAUGGCGUCCUUGUUGAUACCACUCCCCCCGUUGCAGGCACGGUCACAGUGUUGAAUGACGAAGGAGGAAAACUCGUAUACUUGGCAGCUUGUAGUCGUCAGAUUGAAGCUACUAUUGUCAACUUUAAGGACGACGAGAGUGGCCUCGACUCUUUCCAAUGGCAGAUCUGUAAGCACCCACUGACAAGCCCACUGCAGCUGUCCUGUUCGCAACAGGGGUAUGUCGAAUUUGCCUGCUCUCCAGACAACAACUGCAAGUUAAGCGUCUCUCAUCCGCAAGACAGAAUGGUGGAAAACGGCUGUUUCGUCAACGCCUAUUUCUAUCAACUCUACAUCAAAGCAAUAAACCGAGCAGGACCGUUCACGGAAGAGCUCUCGGACAAAUUUACCGUAGAUCUGGAACCACCCAUUGCUGGAGUAGUCAACGACGGGUUAGCAGCAGACAUUAAUUAUCAAUCGAACGAUCAGACUUUAAGUGCCAAUUGGCAAGGAUUCCGGGACGAGGUUAGUGGCAUAGACACCUGCGAACUGGCAGCGUUCGAAGAGUAUGGAACGGCAGAUGAGAAGAAAAUCGUUGACUACCUCAAAGUCCAGGCAUCUGGUCAAUGGACAUCGGAUAAACUAAGUUUGAUCACCGGCAAGACAUACUAUAUUAACGUCAAAUGCCAAGACAAGGCUGGUCUUAUUAGAGAAGUGACAACAGACGGUGUUAUGGUCGAUGCCGUAGCGCCGCAGCCAGGUCUCAUACUCGACACGGACGACAGAAAUCUGGACGGCGACGUCGACUACCAGACGUCGACCACAGAAGUCCAGACAAAGUGGGAUGCGUUCACGACCGCAAGCGGUCUCAAAUCGUGCACGUGGGCACUGUCUUCGACGUCCGAUCCGAACAAGGUCGGAGACGUGGUAGGCGACCAGCCUGUACAACUAACCGGACGCAAUUUCGACAGGAAAGUCCAACUGACGCCCUACGUCAAGUACUUCGCGAGCAUACAAUGCAAAAGUAACGCCGGAUUGACGUCAGACGUCGCCUUUUCCGACGGAAUCACGGCUGACAACACCAACCCGGUAGCCGGUACAGUCAUCGACUUGUGUAACGACGGCUGCGGAUCACAAGACGACGUCGUCUAUUCUGCGGACAACACGGCGCUUCGAUUCCGCUGGACUGGCUUUAGUGAUCCUCACAGCGGCGUCGUCGAGUACGAAUGGAACUACGCGACGUGCGGCACCAAUUUCUACAUAAUGCAGCAAUUUCUCUCCGCGGGGCUAAACACCACCGUUCUCAAGACCGGACUCGUUCUCAACCACAACGAACGCUACUGCGUAACAGUCCGCGCAAUCAACGAGGCAGGCGGAGAAACCAUUUCCGUCGGAAGCGGAGUUUUGAUCGAUACGACUGCCCCAAAAGGAGGCAUAAUUCACGACGGUUCCAGUGCUGGUAAAGACAUAGAUUUCCAAUCUAACAACAGAGAGCUAUGGUACACAUGGGAUCUGAUCGUGGACCCGGAAUCGAUGAUCGAAGAUUUGACAAUCAAAGUGGGGUCGUUACCAGGUCUCGAAGACGUCAGUCCGACUCAGUCGAUUUCCAUCACAGCCGUUUCCUACUCUAUCGGAGCCUUGCUGCUGAAACACAACCGUGUUUACUACGGAACGGUCUGUGCGACAAAUAAAGCGCGAGUUGAAACGUGUGUUCGCGCCGAUGGCGUUCUCAUCGAUGCCUCGCCACCGGAUGUAGGCGUGGUCGUCGACGGGGUCUUGCAGCCGGACAUAGACUAUCAGUCCAAUGAUCACACAAUCAAGGCCCACUGGUAUGGAUUUAAGGACGUCGAAAGCAACAUCCACAAGUUCGAGUGGGCCAUUGGAACGACGCCAAACGGUACUGACGUUACCGGCUUCACCGAAAUCGGAACGAAUGUCACCGCCACAGAGACCGGACUAAGUCUCGUCAACGGGAAGAAGUACUACGUCACCGUCAAUGCCUAUAAUCCCGGCGGUCACAAAGUGACCAAAGAGUCGGACGGAGUAGUCGUAGACACCACCGCACCGUCGCACCAGGGAAAGCCGACGUUUAAAAUAACAGGAAAUUCGGUGCUCACCGCCUCGUGGAAGAACUUCACCGACUCCGAGAGUUCCAUCUGGUUCUACAAGUGGGCCGUCGGUACGACAAAAUGCGGAACACAGAUUCAAGCGCACACAAACGUCGGCCCGGUAGCAAACGGCAAACUAACCGGCGCAAGCUUUAUCGCAGGAACGACCUACUAUAUCUCCGUCAUCGCGAGAAAUCGAGCAGAUCUCACCGACCACAUUUGUUCCGACGGACUUCUCUUUGACGACACACCGCCCAAAGCCGGUGAAGUACGAGACGGUUCGAGCGACGAUAUCGAGUAUACAUCUGACGAUGACUCUAUUGCUGCCAACUGGGACGAUUUUGUCGACCCGGACAGCGGGAUUUCGACCUGCUACUUUGGUGUCGGUACUUCGACGUCUAAAACCGACACACAGGGAUUCGUUGAUAUCAAGACGGUCACAUCAUAUACACUGAAAGGUCUUUCGCUGGUGCAAGGAGUCAAGUAUUAUGUUCAUGUCAGAUGCACGAACGGCGUUGGUAUGCAUAAUACAACAAAGACGUCCAAUGGUGUACUGGUCGACGUAACGGCACCUGUUAACGGCUCGGUAAAAACGGUCAAAUAUCAGUCGUCGACGACUUACGUUGCGGCGACCUGGGGUGGAUUUGUCGACCCGGAUUCUGGUAUCGAGUCGUACUGGUGGGCCAUUGGUAGCCGCACACCCGAUUCGGUCGACAUUCAGGGACUCGUCGAUGUCGGGCCCCGACAGUCCAAACGUCUUACUAACCUAAAUCUAACAGCGCAUCUAACCUACUACGUUUUCGUUAGAGCCUACAACAAAGCGGGUCUCUAUACUAGACGCCAUUCUGAAGGACUGACGGUAGAUAAUUCACCACCAAUAGCAGGAAACGUUCAAGACGGGCUAGGCAAUCAGGACAUCGACUGGCUCACAGUUAGGAAAGGAAUCGGUGCAAAAUGGUCGGGAUUCAAUGAUCCCCACAGCCAGAUCGACUACUACCGCUGGGCAGUGGGAACAAACGCAGGAGGACGACAACUGCAAGAUUACAAGAAAGUAAACGCAAUACAAGACACCUGUCAGGGUUGUGAAUUCACUUCCGGCAGCAGCUAUUUUGUCACGGUAGAAGCGGUGAAUGGAGCCGGACUGACGACAACCGUCUCGUCUGAUGGAUUUGUAGUCGAUCUGACCCCUCCCGAUGUGAGUCCUGUCAAGGUCGUCAAGUGGCAAAGUGUGGACUUUCUGGCUGUAGAAUGGUUGGGAGCCAGAGAUGCUGAAAGCGGCCAGCUGUCGUGUUGGGUGACUAUCGAUGAUAAGCGAGAACACGUGAUCUCAACGGCAGACAGCCAAACCGUUCUCGUCGACACAGCACGACUACAAUUGGGAAAUCAAAUAAACUGCUCUGUCGAAUGUGUCAACGAGGCCGGUUUGAGUAGCACGGUCUCUCCAGUUCUCGUGGAUGCAUCUCAACCGUCUAAAGGUACACUGACGAUAUUCGAUCAGACGGAAUACAGUUUCAUAGUCGAAUGGACAGGAUUUGAAGAACAAGAGAGUUACAUUGCUUACUACGAAUGGGAUGUUGUACCGUGUCUCAACAACACCUACACGUUCUCGCGUGUUACACAGAGUGAUGACUUCCAAGUUUCCUAUUCCGUUCCAGAAGACUCGGACGAGAAAUGUUUCACUGUUUAUAUGAGAGCAACAAACUCUUUCGGACUCCCAUCAAACGUCGCUAGCAUAAAGGUGCAGCUGACGUCGGUGGACAAACCGUCAGAAGGCUCGUGUUGCGACAUCAACGUUCGAUACACAAAAAAUGAAAUCGUAGCCACAUGGGAUUGGAAGCCAGGCUUCGAACGGUUUGCAAGCAAGGCCACCUACCGCUGGGCGGUAGGGACCGAAGUUGGACGAUCGCUUGUCCUGAGUUACACAACAGCAGGAACUAACCAGACGGGCUUCUGCUCCAGUUGUUCUAUAGUACAAGGAGCAACUUACGUCAUUACCGUUCAAGCAUCUGUUGACAACUUCGAAACAUUCAUUAGCAGUCAAUCAGAUAAAAUAAUCAUAGACUUCACCGAGCCCGAGUGCGGCAUAGUUCAAGAAGGCAGCGAAGAAAGUGAUAUAAAGUAUUAUCAACUCGACGAUCUAUACGCUCUCCAUUGGGGUGAGGGCUGGGGUUACGGUUGGUGUGACCAUUGGAAACAUAUAACAAAGAGAGACCCGAGUAACACAAAGACAUCAAUAGUUUGGAAAGAAUUUACAGAUGAAGAAUCGGGAGUAAGGACGAUGAUAGCUGAAGUCAUGGAUAACAAGAAAGGUGGAAAAAAGAGAUCAACAGAUGACCUCGCAAUUUGGAAUAUGACCAUCCAACCGGCGACGAAAAACGGAACUCUGAAAGAUAUCGAUCUACCAUGGAUAGCAGGACACUGCUAUAAAUCAGUGGUGACGUGCAUCAACGGCGUGGGACUAAGUUGUCAGGCAGAGUCCGACGGAUUUUGCGUCGACGGAACCCCACCCGUCGUCGGCGUCGUCAAUCUGCACCUACGGUGCACACAGAGUGGACAGACGCUGACAACCGGUUCGUGGACAGACUAUAUCGACCAAGAGAGCGAAAUCGAUUAUUACGAGUGGUCGCUCUACAACAUAACAGGCCAAAACAAUGUCACGGAUUUCAAAAACGUCGGCGGCAACAACACGAUUAGUAAGCUGUUGACUCUAACCCACGGCGACGAGUACGAACUCCGCGUGAAAGCGCGCAACAAAGCUGGACUCGAGUCGGUGGGUAAAUCGUCUAUAGUUCUCUACGACAUUACUCCACCUAUACCGUCAUACGUGUACGACGGCUCGAAGACACAAGACGUGGACUAUCAGUCAGCAACCACUGGAAUAAAGGCAUACUGGGGAUCGAUGGACGACCAACAGACCGCCAUUGUUCGGUACGAAUGGGCAAUCGGCACACAAAGAGGUGGAGAGCAGACAAGACCGUACGAAAACACGGGUCUCACAAGAGAAGGUAGUUGCCCAACCUGCAUACUGUCAUCAGGGGUCACCUACUUUGUCACCGUCAUGGCCGUCAACGCCGCCGGACUGAAGGCGACCGUCUCUUCCGAUGGAAUUCUCAUCGACGACACUCCUCCACUGCCGGGAAUCGUAUUCGACGGCAGUUUGUCUGGCAAGGAUAUAGAUUAUCAGACCAAUACGACGUCACUAAGUUGCAGCUGGGAGCGCUUCAGAGACGAAGAGAGUCCAAUCAUCAUGUACGAAUAUUGUUUCAGCUCAAACGUCGAAACGUGUGACUUAGGCUCUACAAAAAACGUCGAUCUGCUUGCUUUCCGAUCAACAGCACACGGAGUGUCGCUCAAACAUCUAUCCACCUAUUAUGCCAUCGUCACCGCCACCAAUGGCGCCGGCUUGGAGUUCUCCGCAAGAUCGGACGGCGUCGUAAUCGACGCGACGCCGCCGACGGCGGGAAGAGUGAGAGAGGGCGAACAACGCGACGUCGACUGCAUUUGGAUCAACGAGACGUUACAACUCAAUUGGGACGAAUUCUACGACGACGAAACGGACGUCGUCCGAUACGAGUUUGGCGUCGGGAGCGCACCGGGUUUCGACAACGCCGUAGUCUUUACGUCGGUCGGACUCAAUAAGACCGCUACCUGCAAUCUCGAUUGGUCAACGUUCCAAACGGUCUAUGCGACCGUGACGGCCUACAACGAGGCGGGAGGGCGUUCGACCGCAUGGUCCGACGGAGUAACUGUUCUCUCACCACACCCAGGAUCCAUACAGCCCGAAGAAUGCGUGUCAUUCGGAUACGUGUGCAAUCAAGUCGUAUCGUACACGGCGACAACUACAACGCAGAAAAAGGUGUCUUACACAGAAAAGUACACGGAUCAGUGCGGGGACAUUUGGAAAUGGUUUUCUUGUGAAAAAGAAAGGACAAAGUACAAGUACGAGACUGUAAAUAAAGACGUCACAAGGUACAGGAUUCAAUGCAGAGACUGCAACAGUAAGGACGUUGACUGCCGAGUCAGCCUGUGGACGGCUUGGAAAUGCACAACCUGUUGCGCUGAUAUCAAAGAAGAAAGAACACGCACCGUGACCGUUGCUAAGAACGGCAACGGUGCGAACUGUCCGAGCCUAAAAGAGACGAGGACGGUCGAUGACGACAACAGAGCGUGCGAUAUUUUGGGUACAUGCUACAAAAAUCUUGCCUUCUCUACCAACGGCUGCAAAAAAUGUAAUAAAAGCGCAAACAGACACGAUUGGGAACUACUGUCCACUAUCAAUUGCAAUGACAACACUCAGUGUACAAAGAACGACCAGUGCAUUAACGGUGAAUGCAAAGGAACGGCAUAUACGUGCGAGACGUGCCAGUACUGCGACGGUUCCGGUUGUCCGACACGCGUUGGUAUGUGCUACAUCCAACAAACGUGCUACAACCUGAAAGACCCAAAUCCGGCCUCGCCGCAAUGCCAGAUAUGCGAGCCCAAUAAAGGCGAAAACUUGAAGUUCUACUCGUUGACGGGAAAUGCGUGCGAUGACAAGGACAUGUGCACUAGAGGUGAUAGUUGUAGUGCUGAUGGUCUCUGCGUCGGCACGCUCUACGAGUGCUUACCCGACUGCCAAGCUUGCGACGGCAACAAUGGUUGUAAGACGACCAAGGGCUGCGUGACGGCAGGGAAUUGCAGUUGCAGCAUCAACGGACAAUGCUACGUACAUGGCGCGCCUAAUACAAACAACAUGUGUCAGAAAUGCGACAUCUACAGCAAUGCGAAUGAAUGGACCGACCUGGCCGACGGAGCGAUUUGCGAUGACGGCAACGCAUGCACUCGUAAGGACAAAUGUACGGCCGGUACAUGUGGCGGGGAUCCGUUCAAGUGUCCUAAACAUCCAAACUGCACAGAAUCCAAUGUCUGCAACGGAGAUGGUUGCGACAUUGUGUAUAGAAAGGCAACGUAUCUGUGCUAUGAGAACCAGGAUGCCUGCGACUGGCCAGAUCAAUAUUGCACGGGCAGCACCGCGACGUGCCCACAGGACAUUCUCAAACCGAUUAACGGAAAGAAUAUAGAUAAGGGGACCGUGUCGGUUCUGAAUUUCGACAUCCAAACGGCAACCGAGUUGCUCUACACUGCUGUCGAGUCUGGAACGUUUUACCGUAUGAUGACACAAAACAAGGGAAUAAAAGCCAAGUUUAUUGGAUUCACGGUGCCUUGCGACGGCGUCUCCUUCUCGUGGCAGCUCGUGGAAGCUACGGAUACUCAACCGUCCGUUACUGGAGUACUGACGGCAACCUCGGGAAAGAUCGGAACGACAGAGGUAUCUGCUUCUAACCUAAACUUGGACAACGGUAGGGUUUAUAAGAUCUUGCUGACUGCUAAGAAUGUCCGUUCCGACUCCCAACAAGUCGAGUCCCAACUUAUUCUCGUUGAUACGACGCCUCCGACGUUCUCCGGAACCAUUAACGACGGCGAUGCCAAAGUAGACAUACAAUAUCAGGCGGCGACGACGACACUGUCGGCCUACUGGGAUCCCAACGACUUUGUAGACCCGGAAAGCGGUAGAGACACGAACUCGUUCCAAAUAGGAGCCGGUUUGAAAGCGUAUGAGACGACUGUCGCCGGUUUCACGGCAAGCAAGGCCGAUGAAGGCGUCCUCAACAAUUUAAAGUUGCAACACAACACGCGGUACUACAUAACAGUGUCUAUAGCGAAUCGAGCCGGGCUACGAGGUCAAGCAGCCUCAAAUGGCGUCCUUGUUGAUACCACUCCCCCCGUUGCAGGCACGGUCACAGUGUUGAAUGACGAAGGAGGAAAACUCGUAUACUUGGCAGCUUGUAGUCGUCAGAUUGAAGCUACUAUUGUCAACUUUAAGGACGACGAGAGUGGCCUCGACUCUUUCCAAUGGCAGAUCUGUAAGCACCCACUGACAAGCCCACUGCAGCUGUCCUGUUCGCAACAGGGGUAUGUCGAAUUUGCCUGCUCUCCAGACAACAACUGCAAGUUAAGCGUCUCUCAUCCGCAAGACAGAAUGGUGGAAAACGGCUGUUUCGUCAACGCCUAUUUCUAUCAACUCUACAUUAAAGCAAUAAACCGAGCAGGACCGUUCACGGAAGAGCUCUCGGACAAAUUUACCGUAGAUCUGGAACCACCCAUUGCUGGAGUAGUCAACGACGGCUUAGCAGCAGACAUUAAUUAUCAAUCGAACGAUCAGACUUUAAGUGCCAAUUGGCAAGGAUUCCGGGACGAGGUUAGUGGCAUAGACACCUGCGAACUGGCAGCGUUCGAAGAGUAUGGAACGGCAGAUGAGAAGAAAAUCGUCGACUACCUCAAAGUCCAGGCAUCUGGUCAAUGGACAUCGGAUAAACUAAGUUUGAUCACCGGCAAGACAUACUAUAUUAACGUCAAAUGCCAAGACAAGGCUGGUCUUAUUAGAGAAGUGACAACAGACGGUGUUCUGGUCGAUGCCGUAGCGCCGCAGCCAGGUCUCAUACUCGACACGGACGACAGAAAUCUGGACGGCGACGUCGACUACCAGACGUCGACCACAGAAGUCCAGACAAAGUGGGAUGCGUUCACGACCGCAAGCGGUCUCAAAUCGUGCACGUGGGCACUGUCUUCGACGUCCGAUCCGAACAAGGUCGGAGACGUGGUAGGCGACCAGCCUGUACAACUAACCGGACGCAAUUUCGACAGGAAAGUCCAACUGACGCCCUACGUCAAGUACUUCGCGAGCAUACAAUGCACCAGUAACGCCGGAUUGACGUCAGACGUCGCCUUUUCCGAUGGAAUCACGGCUGACAACACCAACCCGGUAGCCGGUACAGUCCUCGACUUGUGUAACGACGGCUGCGGAUCACAAGACGACGUCGUCUAUUCUGCCGACAACACGGCGCUUCGAUUCCGCUGGACUGGCUUUAGUGAUCCUCACAGCGGCGUCGUCGAGUACGAAUGGAACUACGCGACGUGCGGCACCAAUUUCUACAUAAUGCAGCAAUUUCUCUCCGCGGGGCUAAACACCACCGUUCUCAAGACCGGACUCGUUCUCAACCACAACGAACGCUACUGCGUAACAGUCCGCGCAAUCAACGAGGCAGGCGGAGAAACCAUUUCCGUCGGAAGCGGAGUUUUGAUCGAUACGACUGCCCCAAAAGGAGGCAUAAAUCACGACGGUUCCAGUGCUGGUAAAGACAUAGAUUUCCAAUCUAACAACAGAGAGCUAUGGUACACAUGGGAUCUGAUCGUGGACCCGGAAUCGAUGAUCGAAGAUUUGACAAUCAAAGUGGGGUCGUUACCAGGUCUCGAAGACGUCAGUCCGACUCAGUCGAUUUCCACCACAGCCGUUUCCUACUCUAUCGGAGCCUUGCUGCUGAAACACAACCGUGUUUACUACGGAACGGUCUGUGCGACAAAUAAAGCGCGAGUUGAAACGUGUGUUCGCGCCGAUGGCGUUCUCAUCGAUGCCUCGCCACCGGAUGUAGGCGUGGUCGUCGACGGGGUCUUGCAGCCGGACAUAGAUUAUCAGUCCAAUGAUCACACAAUCAAGGCCCACUGGUAUGGAUUUAAGGACGUCGAAAGCAACAUCCACAAGUUCGAGUGGGCCAUUGGAACGACGCCAAACGGUACUGACGUUAUCGGCUUCACCGAAAUCGGAACGAAUGUCACCGCCACAGAGACCGGACUAAGUCUCGUCAACGGGAAGAAGUACUACGUCACCGUCAAUGCCUAUAAUCCCGGCGGUCACAAAGUGACCAAAGAGUCGGACGGAGUAGUCGUAGACACCACCGCACCGUCGCACCAGGGAAAGCCGACGUUUAAAAUAACAGGAAAUUCGGUGCUCACCGCCUCGUGGAAGAACUUCACCGACUCCGAGAGUUCCAUCUGGUUCUACAAGUGGGCCGUCGGUACGACAAAAUGCGGAACACAGAUUCAAGCGCACACAAACGUCGGCCCGGUAGCAAACGGCAAACUAACCGGCGCAAGCUUUAUCGCAGGAACGACCUACUAUAUCUCCGUCAUCGCGAGAAAUCGAGCAGAUCUCACCGACCACAUUUGUUCCGACGGACUUCUCUUUGACGACACACCGCCCAAAGCCGGUGAAGUACGAGACGGUUCGAGCGACGAUAUCGAGUAUACAUCUGACGAUGACUCUAUUGCUGCCAACUGGAACGAUUUUGUGGACCCGGACAGCGGGAUUUCGACCUGCUACUUUGGUGUCGGUACCUCGACGUCUAAAACCGACACACAGGGAUUCGUUGAUAUCAAGACGGUCACAUCAUAUACACUGAAAGGUCUUUCGCUGGUGCAAGGAGUCAAGUAUUAUGUUCAUGUCAGAUGCACGAACGGCGUUGGUAUGCAUAAUACAACAAAGACGUCCAAUGGUGUACUGGUCGACGUAACGGCACCUGUUAACGGCUCGGUAAAAACGGUCAAAUAUCAGUCGUCGACGACUUACGUUGCGGCGACCUGGGGUGGAUUUGUCGACCCGGAUUCUGGCAUCGAAUCGUACUGGUGGGCCAUUGGUAGCCGCACACCCGAUUCGGUCGACAUUCAGGGACUCGUCGAUGUCGGGCCCCGACAGUCCAAACGUCUUACUAACCUAAAUCUAACAGCGCAUCUAACCUACUACGUUUCCGUUAGAGCCUACAACAAAGCGGGUCUCUAUACUAGACGCCAUUCUGAAGGACUGACGGUAGAUAAUUCACCGCCAAUAGCAGGAAACGUUCAAGACGGGCUAGGCAAUCAGGACAUCGACUGGCUCACAGUUAGGAAAGGAAUCGGUGCAAAAUGGUCGGGAUUCAAUGAUCCCCACAGCCAGAUCGACUACUACCGCUGGGCAGUGGGAACAAACGCAGGAGGACGACAACUGCAAGAUUACAAGAAAGUAAACGCAAUACAAGACACGUGUCAGGGUUGUGAAUUCACUUCCGGCAGCAGCUAUUUUGUCACGGUAGAGGCGGUGAAUGAAGCCGGACUCACGACAACCGUCUCGUCUGAUGGAUUUGUAGUCGAUCUGACCCCUCCCGAUGUGAGUCCUGUCAAGGUCGUCAAGUGGCAAAGUGUGGACUUUCUGGCUGUAGAAUGGUUGGGAGCCAGAGAUGCUGAAAGCGGCCAGCUGUCGUGUUGGGUGACUAUCGAUGAUAAGCGAGAACACGUGAUCUCAACGGCAGACAGCCAAACCGUUCUCGUCGACACAGCACGACUACAAUUGGGAAAUCAAAUAAACUGCUCUGUCGAAUGUGUCAACGAGGCCGGUUUGAGUAGCACGGUCUCUCCAGUUCUCGUGGAUGCAUCUCAACCGUCUAAAGGUACACUGACGAUAUUCGAUCAGACGGAAUACAGUUUCAUAGUCGAAUGGACAGGAUUUGAAGAACAAGAGAGUUACAUUGCUUACUACGAAUGGGAUGUUGUACCGUGUCUCAACAACACCUACACGUUCUCGCGUGUUACACAGAGUGAUGACUUCCAAGUUUCCUAUUCCGUUCCAGAAGACUCGGACGAGAAAUGUUUCACUGUUUAUAUGAGAGCAACAAACUCUUUCGGACUCCCAUCAAACGUCGCUAGCAUAAAGGUGCAGCUGACGUCGGUGGACAAACCGUCAGAAGGCUCGUGUUGCGACAUCAACGUUCGAUACACAAAAAAUGAAAUCGUAGCCACAUGGGAUUGGAAGCCAGGCUUCGAACGGUUUGCAAGCAAGGCCACCUACCGCUGGGCGGUAGGGACCGAAGUUGGACGAUCGCUUGUCCUGAGUUACACAACAACAGGAACUAACCAGACGGGCUUCUGCUCCAGUUGUUCUAUAGUACAAGGGGCAACUUACGUCAUUACCGUUCAAGCAUCUGUUGACAACUUCGAAACAUUCAUUAGCAGUCAAUCAGAUAAAAUAAUCAUAGACUUCACCGAGCCCGAGUGCGGCAUAGUUCAAGAAGGCAGCGAAGAAAGUGAUAUAAAGUAUUAUCAACUCGACGAUCUAUACGCUCUCCAUUGGGGUGAGGGCUGGGGUUACGGUUGGUGUGACCAUUGGAAACAUAUAACAAAGAGAGACCCACGUAACACAAAGACAUCAAUAGUUUGGAACGAAUUUACAGAUGAAGAAUCGGGAGUAAGGACGAUGAUAGCUGAAGUCAUAGAUAACAAGAAAGGUGGAAAAAAGAGAUCAACAGAUGACCUCGCAAUUUGGAAUAUGACCAUCCAACCGGCGACGAAAAACGGAACUCUGAAAGAUAUCGAUCUACCAUGGAUAGCAGGACACUGCUAUAAAUCAGUGGUGACGUGCAUCAACGGCGUGGGACUAAGUUGUCAGGCAGAGUCCGACGGAUUUUGCGUCGACGGAACCCCACCCGUCGUCGGCGUCGUCAAUCUGCACCUACGGUGCACACAGAGUGGACAGACGCUGACAACCGGUUCGUGGACAGACUAUAUCGACCAAGAGAGCGAAAUCGAUUAUUACGAGUGGUCGCUCUACAACAUAACAGGCCAAAACAAUGUCACGGAUUUCAAAAACGUCGGCGGCAACAACACGAUUAGUAAGCUGUUGACUCUAACCCACGGCGACGAGUACGAACUCCGCGUGAAAGCGCGCAACAAAGCUGGACUCGAGUCGGUGGGUAAAUCGUCUAUAGUUCUCUACGACAUUACUCCACCUAUACCGUCAUACGUGUACGACGGCUCGAAGACACAAGACGUGGACUAUCAGUCAGCAACCACUGGAAUAAAGGCAUACUGGGGAUCGAUGGACGACCAACAGACCGCCAUUGUUCGGUACGAAUGGGCAAUCGGCACACAAAGAGGUGGAGAGCAGACAAGACCGUACGAAAACACGGGUCUCACAAGAGAAGGUAGCUGCCCAACCUGCAUACUAUCAUCAGGGGUCACCUACUUUGUCACCGUCAUGGCCGUCAACGCCGCCGGACUGAAGGCGACCGUCUCUUCCGAUGGAAUUCUCAUCGACGACACUCCUCCACUGCCGGGAAUCGUAUUCGACGGCAGUUUGUCUGGCAAGGAUAUAGAUUAUCAGGCCAAUACGACGUCACUAAGUUGCAGCUGGGAGCGCUUCAGAGACGAAGAGAGUCCGAUCAUCAUGUACGAAUAUUGUUUCAGCUCAAACGUCGAAACGUGUGACUUAGGCUCUACAAAAAACGUCGAUCUGCUUGCUUUCCGAUCAACAGCACACGGAUUUUCGCUCAAACAUCUAUCCACCUAUUAUGCCAUCGUCACCGCCACCAAUGGCGCCGGCUUGGAGUUCUCCGCAAGAUCGGACGGCGUCGUAAUCGACGCGACGCCGCCGACGGCGGGAAGAGUGAGAGAGGGCGAACAACGCGACGUCGACUGCAUUUGGAUCAACGAGACGUUACAACUCAAUUGGGACGAAUUCUACGACGACGAAACGGACGUCGUCCGAUACGAGUUCGGCGUCGGGAGCGCACCGGGUUUCGACAACGCCGUAGUCUUUACGUCGGUCGGACUCAAUAAGACCGCUACCUGCAAUCUCGAUUGGUCAACGUUCCAAACGGUCUACGCGACCGUGACGGCCUACAACGAGGCGGGAGGGCGUUCGACCGCAUGGUCCGACGGAGUAACUGUUCUCUCACCACACCCAGGAUCCAUACAGCCCGAAGAAUGCGUGUCAUUCGGAUACGUGGUGUGAAUCCACACUACGUCGGCCCACCCAAGAAAACAAUUUAAACCUUAAAUAGAGAUGGGUACUGUAGUAAAACUUGAACGGUAUUGCCGUCCGUGUUUAGAAGUAUUUUAGAUCAUAACACAAACCUUUAUGCAUAUGUGUACGUUGGUGUACGCAUCAACUAUUUAAUUAAGGGGCAGCUUUUGGUCUGUUGGUCAUUCUAACCUGAGCAAUUUCGAAUUGUUCUAUGGUGUAUACACAAUUGUAUUGGUGACAAUAAAUUUCUUCUAUUACAA